AACCUCAGAUGCCCCUAAACAAUACCACGUGUCGCUUUGAACACCUUCCACAAAUAUCUCCUUGGCAUCUUUUACUGUCUCUCUGCUUUACUUUGUCCUGGAUUGCUAAUUUCCUCUCUGUAGCGUUUCCCUUCUCUUCCAUCGAAGAGUGAUCUUUAUAUUAACAAUGAAGGUUGCAAAGGGCAAAGCAUCAACAAGGAAGGACAAAACGGAAGUAUCAAAGCCAGUUGAGGAGAGAAAGGUUGGAAAGCGAAAGGCAGCACUUAAGGCUGAUAACAGUCGCGUGAAAUUGACCAAGAAAGCAAAAUCAGAUAAAAAAGAUCCUAACAAACCAAAGAGGCCUCCUAGUCCCUUCUUUGUUUUUCUAGAAGAGUUCAGAAAGACUUACAAGGAACAGCAUCCCAACGUGAAGGCUGUUUCAGCUGUGGGAAAAGCUGGGGGCGGGAAGUGGAAAUCCUUGUCUGCUGCGGAGAAAGCUCCAUAUGAAGCUAAAUCGGCACAAUUGAAGGCAGAAUAUGAGAAGCUGAUGGUUGCUUACAACAAAAAACAGGAAAGUACGGAUGAUGAUGAAGAUGAAGGGCCUGGCAGGUCAAAACCUGCGGCUAAUGAUGAAGAUGAUGAGGAAAGUGGGGAGGAUGAAGAAGAUGAUGACGAUGAGGACGAUGACUGAAUGUGGCAAGCUCUCUUAUUUGAUUAUGUGAAGUAUCCAGUGCCGUAGCUCUGGACUUUUUACGAUUGUACAUUUGGUCUAUGUUAUUUUUUAUUAGUUUCUUGGUUGCUCCUCGAUCUAUCUACAGACGACAAUGAAUACACCCUCGUCGGUUGAAUGUUUGAUCCCAGGACUAACAGUCAGUGGUUUUUGUAUAAUUGUAUCUAUAUUCUCAUCUGCUCCUUGUAUUGGGCAGUUAAGAGUUCGUCUUGCCAUAUAUAUCUAAUACAAUUCUCAAGUACUUGUUCAUUA